UGGUGGAGCGCCUACCCGAUGUACGCACUCGGCCGCUGGAUGCGCCUCUCUCCGCUGGUCGGCGUGCUGCUCCUCACGACGGUCGGGCUGCUGCCCGCGCUCGGGGACGGGCCCAUGUGGAGCUUGGGCGGCGCCGAGGGGGACGCUUGCAGGGCGGGCGGCUGGUGGCUCAACCUGCUCUACGUGCAGAACCUCUUCGCGCUCGCCGCGCCCGACUCGGCCCUCUGGCGGUGCGAGGGCCACCUCUGGUACCUCGCCAACGACAUGCAGUUCUUCCUCGCCGCGCCCCUCUUCGCGUACCCCCUCGUCACCCGCCCGGCCGCCGGCUGGGCGCUGCUCGCCACCGCUUUGACCGCCUCCACCGCCGCCAACGCGGUCAUCGCCGCCGUCAACGGCUACGCCGCUUCGCCUCUCUUUGACCAGACCUACUUUACGAACGUGUACAUCCAGCCGUGGACGCGCGCCCAGCCCUUCCUCGUCGGCGCCGCCUUCGCCGCCUUUUGGGACCGGCUUCAGGGCGGCGCCGCCCCCCUCGCGCGGCGGCACUCGCCCGCCAGCGCCGCGUCGCACGCCCGCCGAGCCGAUCCGGCGUGGCUGGUGUGGGGGCUCGCCGCCGGCGCGGCGGCGGUGAUGCUCGCCCUCUCCUUCGGCACGCUCGGCCUCUACUCGGCGCUCCCCUCCCCGUGGAGCGAGGCGCAGAACGUGUCGUACAUCGCCCUCUCUCGGCUCGGCUGGCCAGUCGGCCUCUCCGCCGUCGCCUACCUCUGCUUCUCGGGCCAGGCGCCGCUCGUCAACGGCCUCCUCUCCUGGUGGCCGCUGCAGGUCUUCGGCAAGCUCACCUUCGCCGCCUACAUUGUCCACCCCGUCGUCAUGUACGGCGUCAACUACUCGACCACCGCGCCGAUCGAGUUCUCGGACAUCUGGUUCGCAAAGUCUUUCACGAGCUUCCUCGCCUGGGCCUCGCUGCUCGCCCUCCUCCUCUGGCUGCUCGCCGAGAAGCCAGCCGCCAACCUGCUCGCGCUCGCACUCGGACGGCUCGGCCUCAAGGGCUGAGGAGAGGGCGGCGCGCGGGAGCAGGCGAAGCUCUCCUGUCUGUCCGUGUUGAUUACGAGAUGUGUGAGACCACCGUACGUAUGAAGGGGAGAGGGGGGGGGCGCGCGAAUGGAAGCUCGAGAUGUAGCUCUUGUCGGGAGACGAUGUGGUGUGUGGCUGUGGGGGUUUGUGUGCGGCCUCCUCUCGCGCUGCCGCUCCGCGGGCCACCCCCCCUCUCUAGCUCUAGGCGCGGGUAGAAAGGCGCGCCCCGCGCGUACGUGCCCGCAAGCUGAGAUGCCUGUCGAUCUCGAACCUGUACUAGUCUUGUGGUCUCGCGUCUCACACUUCAUUCGUCAC